ACCAAAAACCCGUCAAGCGGGUUUGGCCAAAAUAUUGUGUCUUGUUGCCCGUGCAAGUUCACGCACUGCUCACUUCUGUCUCCCUCGGGUGGGGAGCGCUCGGCUCCCGAGGUCGCAGAGGUCGCUGCCGCGGGGGGCCAUGCUGGGAACAGAGGGGUGGUAGAGGCCCGGAGCUCGUCACUGUACCCUGAGCACGGAGGGGUCUGGGCCAGAGCCGUGGAGAGCCAUGGAGAGCUUCACAGAGUCACUAAACAGGCUCAAAGAGGUCCACGAGAACGAGGUCCGAGGUCUGCAGAAUAAGCUUCUGGAGCUGGACUCGGAGAGAUGCCGGGACGCGCAGCGGGUGGAGGAGCUCUGCGCCAAGAACCACCAGCUCCGGGAGCAGCAGAAGGCGCUGAAGGAGAACGUGCGAGUGCUGGAGAACAGGCUGCGGGCUGGCCUGUGUGACCGCUGCAUGGUCACCCAGGAGCUGGCCAGGAAAAAGCAGCAGGAGUUCGAGAACUCCCUCCUCCAGAGCCUGCAGCACGUCUUCAUCCUCACCAACGAGUUGAAUCGGCUGCAGGGGGAGAACGAGGCGUUGAAGGAGGAGGUGAAGCGGCUUCAAGGCCCGCGGCUCAAGCCCCAAUGCAGGGAGGGUGCCUCAGACCCCCCCUCACCCCUACUACUCCCCUCCCCGGGCGCUCGGAAGGCCAUCAAGGAGAAGACGCUGGAAGGUCACGAGGAGGCCCAGGAUGACCAUCCAGAAAAGUCUACAGGGUACAGGACAUCUCCAGUAGCCAAAAUCUCCCCGAGUGCCAACCUGCCUGAGACUCGGGCCCCGGACGUGAGCCCCCAGCGAAUCUCCAACCAGCUUCACGGGACCAUCGCUGUGGUGCGGCCCGGCUCCCAGGCCUGCUCCACGGACCAGGGCCCCACCAACGGGACCCCCCCGCUGCCACUGACCAGGAACAGCCCGCCCAGCCCACCCUAUGAGCACAGCCUCCCUCUAGACAGCUUUCUGCCGGCCUCCCGGGCCCCCGUCACGGCCCGUGAGUCCCUGAAGUGCUCCCUCCAGGCUGACCACCUCUUCCUCCUGAACCACCACCUGUCUCUGCACCUUCAGAGCCCACCCUGCAGCCCCCAAGCACCCCCCACAGUCCCCCGUGGCCCCCGCCCCCAGGGCCUGAAGGCUGGGGAGGUGGAGGCCUGGGAGGAGUCGACGGCGGGCCUGCUGGGGCUGCCUGGGGCCCUGGUGGAUGUGCGGGACCCUCGGCUGGAAGGGGCGCUGCACCUGCUCCUUUCCCAGCAGCUGCGGGCCCAGGGGUGGAGGGUCAGCGCCUGGCUGAGGGGCCCACCCACACCAGGGGGGACCCCACCCUCCCCACCAGUCAGCUCUGACUCGGAAGGCCCCCAGGGCGAGGCAGCCGGGGCAGCCCCCUCUGGAGGGGGACACACACAGCCCACAGGCCCAGGCAGCCCCAGGGGACAGGAAGCCACAGCCACAAGAGACCACGUCCCAGACAAGCCCCUGGACCUUUCAGAGCGGGGCCGGGGCCGGGAUGCCCCAAAGCCUCCCGACCGGCAGGGCUUCCCCAGCCCUCCAAGGGCCCACACUCCCAGCCCGGAACCAUCCCGGGGAGCGGAGCCCCCUGCCCAGUCUGGACCCUGGGAACUCAGCAACGGCACAAAGAGAGCCAGAGCUCCAGAGUCAGAAGAGCCCCCCACCCCUGCGGAUCCCUCCCAACCUCUAACAGGGCACCAGCGAAACACGCCCUCUCCAAGCGGGACAGGACUGGAGCUGAAAGGGAAGCCAAAACCUCCUCCCCACCCACACGGGCCUGAUGCUGAUGGUCCCCCUGGCAAGGAGCUCAGCAAGGCCGGAGUGCAGGCGCUGGAGGCAGACGACCUGGACGCGUCGGAGCCCUCGGACAAUGAGGUGGGCCUGAGCUCCGAGGUGGGGGCCGAGCCGAGCACGCCAGGGGAGGGGCCCAGGUGCUCCUACACCAAGGAGCGCGGGCAAGACCUGCCACAGAAGAGGAAACGGGCCUCGGGCCCAUGGUGCGAAGCCUCCAAGAAGCCGCCACCGGGGAGAAGGAACCCAGGGGAGCCCCCGGCAGCUCAUGAGGGGUCCGGGAGCCCAAGGCACCCUGAGGACAGCAGCCCCUCACCCAGCCACAGCAGCUGGGAGGAGACUUAGCGGGCUGCUCCCAGGGGCGCCAGAGCCUGCCCAGACGCGGCUCCCCACCUGACAUCCAGCCCAGCAGACGGCCCAGCACAGGGCAGGAGGGGACUGGUCCUGGCCCGUGGCCACAGGGGCUGGGAAGACCAAGAAGAGGUCUUUGGCUGGUUUUUUGAAUCCCUCCAUCUCUACCCUUCUAGGAAAUGACCAGCUGGUCCUGCUGCUCCCCCCACACCCUAGGAAGUAGGGUUCAGGGAGGAAGGGGUCACUCAGGCUCCAGCCCAGCCCAGCCCCCACCCCGGCUACUCAUAGGCCACCCUUCCUGGGCAGUGCCCCCACCUCUCACCAUCCCAGACUCCACUGGCAUCCCUGACUCCCAGGGCCCUGCUGCCCAGUCACCCCUUCCCUGACCCAGCAUGGAGCUUGAACGGUGGUCUCUGGCGCCCCCUCGUGGAGCCCCACAAACACGCUGGCUAGGGAGGGCGUGGGGCACCCGGGAUCACAGGUGUCGAAUGUUCCGCUGGCAGACUCAGGGCUCAGCUGGGUCUCCACCUGCCUUUGCAGGGGAUUUGCGAGGCUCUGGAACACAUCCAGGCCUGGGGAACAAAACCAGCGCCAUCUGCAGAGGGGUACCACUGGGGAGGGCUGCAGGGAACAGAACAGAAAAUGCACACCAGCCUGCAAAGGGUUCCCUCCUCACUGGCUGUUCCAGAGGCCCUGGUCCCACACCUGCCGUUGCAGGCCCCAGGGCGCCCAGCCAGGACUGCCCGGCAGGCACUCUGGGAUCUCCAGCUCCCUGCACCGGUCUCCCUUCAGGACGGUGUGUCUCAGAGCACCCUCUGCCAGAGGUUAAGCAGGUUCCCAGACCCACCGAAUCCAGGUCUUGGGGGCAAGCCUGCACAUGAAGUUUGAGAAAUUUGAGAACUGCCCGUUGCAAGGCAAAAGCAGGAGACCCGUCGCUGACUGGGCUGGGUGAGGCCUGGGGCAAACUGGGAGCACAGGCCGGACCUCCAGAGCACGGCUCUGCCCUGCUCACUGUGGCCUGCCGGCCGGCCCAAAGGCCACAAGGACUGAGUUUCCAAGAGGGAGGUGUAGGGGUGUGGAUGUGCACAUUUGUGUGUGUGUGCGAAACCUCCUGUUGUUCAAAGUGGCUUUGAUUUUCUCGAAAUCAAAUAAAAGCUGUGUGCUCCAUUCA